AUGUUCUCCACAGCUAUUGCGUCAGCAGCGGACAAAGCUUUAUACAGCAGCACCUCACUGACUGAGGAGCAGUCCCAAACCCAUCGUCAACUCACUGCGUCCUCGCAAGGCGAAAUCCUGGAUCUCGCCCAGGGCCAAGAGCCUGCACUCAAGCUUCUCGCCAAUGACUCGUCCGUGCGAGAUGUCUUGCAGCGCAUCCCGAACGAGAUCUUGUCAAAGAUUCUACUCGCUGUGUUGGAAGAAGCCCCACUAGCAGAAUUCGUGUACCCGCCGUGGUACCUUGGACACGUGUGUCAGCACUGGCGCGCUCUGGCACUCGCCCUGCCGGGGCUUUGGUCUGUCAUCGCGCACGGCCGCUCCUGCGAGAAGAUCAAGACGCUUAUCGAGCGGUCCGGCGCCGAGCCGCUUCGGGUCAGGUUUUGGAUGCCAUAUGGUGGGGGGAAGGAACGACAGGAGCAGGCGCUGGCCGUGCUGGACAUGCUGAUGGAUGUGUCGGAGCGCUGGAUUGCAGUGAGCAUGGAUAUGAGGCCUAGCCUCGUACAUAGGCUAUCGGUCCUGAGGGGGCGGCUGCCUCAAUUGCGUUUCCUUGGUCUCAGUCUGCCGGCAGCGACGGACUACAGUGGCGACGGUGUCGACUACCGAGACACGGUCAAUGCGUUUGAGCUUGCUCCGCGACUGUGCGAUGUGUCCUUAGACAACAUUGCUAGCAUCCGGCACCCCAAUCCCAUUGCCCUGCCCUGGGGACAGCUCACUCGCCUCCAUCUUGCCAUUCAUCGCCCGCAACACCUGCUUCUGCUGCAGUCGACGCCAGGUCUUAAAUGGGCUUCGGUGGACUUCCAAACGGAGGCGGAGGCGAUCUUAUCCACGGUUCAAAUCGACGUGGAGCUGCCUGCUCUGCGGCGAAUGUUCACGCGGGAAAUCAUCUUCUUUGACGUACUCAAUGCACCCCUCCUCGAAGAGGUAUAUACGAUCGACACAGGUCCGACACACCUGCUCCAGUUCCUCGAGCGCUCGCAGGCUCAGACUCACAAACUCCGCACUCUGCGGCUUGCGUGGGCUACAACACGGAGUGUUUCUGCCAUUCUCGCCGCUGCGCCUCAGAUCGUUUCACUCGGACUGCAGUGUGGCUCAAAUAAGGAGGCCGAAGCUAUGGUGUCGCAGCUCACUGUCCGAGCAGAUAGCACGCAAUGCCUGGGACCGAACGUGACGGAUCUGACGCUCGUUUUCGACGAACGAAGCGUCAGACAGGGCUCGUUGAUGCGUAUGAUCAAGUCUCGGGCAACAUCGGACGGCGCCAAAUGUCGAAAGUUGGGAGUUAUCAAGAUUUGGGUCACAGCUGGGAGCAUGACGCUGAGCGAGCAGAGCAUGUAUCAGCUGAAAGUUCUGCAGGAAACUCAGGGAUUGGUUUACGAGGUGAAGCGGGGCCCACAUCUAAUUGAUGAAUGGCAAGAGUGA